AUGCGCGUUUCCGUCUUCAUCACGGCUGCCUUGGGCGUCGUCCUCGCCGGCGUCGCUAUCGCAAGUGCCGCCAACCACCCCAUCAUCGAACGCGUCGAUGCCACUUUGGCUCAGGCCAACGGCACUUCCACUCAGGUCAACGGCACUUCUACUCAUGCCAAUGGCACUUCCACUUGGGCCAGCGACGGUGACCACGCCCUCUCGCACUCGCCCAUCAUGCGCCACACUCACUCGCACUCGCCCUCGCCCAUCUUGCGCCAUACUCACUCGCACUCGCCCAUCUUGCGCCUUACUCACUCGCGUUCGCCCAUCUUCGACCCGGGCGUCCGUCCGUCCACCAGCGAGUACAACCCCACGCCCAAGCCUGUCUUCAGCGUCGGUCCCUACACCUCGGCGAGGCCCAUCCUCAUGGGUGGUCCCUACAUUCCGCCGAACGUCUCCAGCCACGGCACAGUCACUUCGCUGUCUUCUGCUUCUGCCGUCGACACUCCCGGCGUCCUCCCCACCAUUAUGGCGGCCGGCGACGACGAGUCCGCUCCUGCCAUCACCCCGGCUCCCACCAAGACGGUCGCUGGCCGCGCUGCCGCCGCCGACGACGACGAGCCGAGCUACGCCUUCCCUAGCUAUGGAGACUACCCCCCCGACGUCUUUUCCGACGAUGAUGACUUCGCCACCGGCCCGCCCCCCUUCGGAGCCCUCCCCACCGACGCCCUCAUCAAAAGGUACGCAGAGCAGCACCGUGGCGACAUGCAUCCCCGCAGCGUCAACAACGGCUGCUACUCCCCCUGCUACAAGUUCGUCAGGAAGUACUGCAGAUUUCUAUGCCACCGUGUAAGCGUACGUGGCGAGGCGACUGCUGCUCCUGCUGCUGGCAUCGAGGCCCGCCGCAACCGCAACCGCUACUCGAAGACGUCGUCCACCACCGACCGCUACACCGACCACUAUACCGAGGACGGAACUAGCACCUACGCCUUCCCCACCACCUCCGCCGCUCCCACCACCUGCAACGGCUGCCUCGACGUGUCUUAUCCUCUCUGCAUGGAAAUCUGCAACCGCGAAUAA